AUGUAUUUGAGUAAAGAAGAAGUCGACAAAAAGUACAAUGUCAGACCAUUUGUGGAUCCUGAAAGGACGAAAGAGGAUUUGAAUCCGUUGAAAUUGGAUGCAAUUGAUUUAUCAUUUUUCGAAGAAGGGGAUGAAAAUUUGAAUAAAAGACAGGACUUGGCCAACCGUUUAGAAAAAUCCAUCACAACUCAUGGGUUUUUCAACUUGAUCAACCAUGGAAUACCCCAAGAAACUAUUGACAAUUUGAGAGCAGUUUCUCAAUCUGUUCUAACGUUACCGUAUGAAAUACAAAAACAAUACUUGGCCAGUGCACCUACUAAAGAAGAAGAGGUUGAAGGAGGAGAAGGGGGAGAAAGAGGAAGAGGUUUCAAACCCAAAGGUUAUUGGGCAAUCAAAAAUGGAAUUAGAGAUUCAAUUCAUCAUUAUAACUUUAGAGAUAGUUGCCAUGAUUCCUUUGUUAAGGACAAAGAAAAGCAUCCAGAGUUAGUUGCAAACCACUUGCAAGAAUUAGCUGAUUAUUUCAACCACCUUCAAAGGGAUAUUCUCCCAAAGUUGUUGAGACUUUGCGAUUUAGUUUUGAACAUACCAGAGGGUAGUUUACAGAAGCAUUAUUUCGCUAAAGUUGGAACAAAUCUUGAUGAUUCAAACACUCAUGGUAGAUUAAUGAUGUAUGAGCCUUAUGGAGAUGAACAACUGUCGCAAGAAACCGAAGGAACGUUUUUAAGAGGACACUCCGAUAUGGGAGCUUUUACAUUCAUCACAUCCCAACCAAUAUUGGCCCUUCAGAUUCGAGAUGUUUUUACCGGAGAGUGGAGAUACAUCGACCAUUUAGAAGGCUCGUUAAUUGUAAACUUAGGUGACGCUUUGGAAUUUAUCAGUGGUGGCUAUUUUAAGGCUUGUUUACACCGAGUCAUUGAACCUCCUUUGGAUCAGAGAAAGUUUAAUCGUUUGGUGAUUAUUCUUUUCUGUAAUCCAAGCGGUAAAGCCAUAUUGGACCCCGAAAAUAUUCAAUCUCCUAAAUUAAAACAAUUAGGUCUUAGUAAAGAAGACAAACUAAAAGACUGGGAAACUAUCCAGUUCAACGACUGGAACCAAACCAAAGGUAAAACCUUGGGUAGGGUCGCAGCCGGUGAAAGAAACUUGGUCAAAUUCUACGGCAGAACCAUCGAAAGAUGGCAUCACCUUGAAACCAUUAAGAACUAGUUUAUAUACUUCUUAUACUACAGAGCCAAUAAAUCAAGCUGUCACGCGACAGAAACAGCUUCCCACGCUGUAUGGAUUCCGUUCCACUUUGUCCGCAUUAUUCUGGCCUCGUAUUUUACCAUUUCUUUGACCGAUAGAUAUCUCUACUACUUCUAUAGUAUCGUAGUGUCGCUACGGCCAUCCUGAUUUGGACGGUAAAUUUAAGCGGAGUCUUCCGCCUUUUGACAGUUUUUUUUUUUUUUUUUUUUUU